AUGUCCUCGCCCGCCCACUCGCCCCCCUCCGCCAUCCCCAGGGCCGUCUCAGUCUCAGACACCGUCAGGAGAUUCGAGGCCAGGUCGGGGUCAUCUAUACCCACACGAAUCGUCUCCAGCCCAGCAUCCACCUCAGCAACCCUUCCUGCGCGGACGCCCCCACAUUCGCCUCGCAAGAACCCCUUGCGCAAUUCACCGAGCUCUAAUCGUGGUUCACCCUCAUAUCGACCGCCAUCUGAAGCUGCCCAGCCCGUGGCCAGCACAUCCACUGCUACAAGUCCACCCAAGCCACGUGAGCUAAGACUGGGUAACCCCCGUGAUGAGCGCAGAGCGAGCGAAACGGCUGGAAUUAGGCAGCGGGGCCAGGGGGUCCCAUCUGCCAGCAGGCUGCCACACAGCGUUAGCCUGCCGCGCGAUGCCAACUUGAUUCAGCCAGAGCCUGAUGAUUUUUCGCCCCGCUCAGAGACAUCAUCCCAAUCUGGAUUCGGCUACUCUCCAAGCAGGACAAGGUUGCGGCCUUCAAUAUCCAUAUCUGGCGUUACACCCGAAAGAUGUAUGCCACCGCUACGGCGCCGAGCAGAGAAAUCUGAGGGCAUGAUUAGGACUGGAAGUGCAGACCGGAUACUACGUGUCAAGUCGCCACCUUCAUCCACGUCCCGCCAAAGCUCCUUCACCCAAGCCCCAUCAUCAGCCCCGUCCAGUCAAUAUUUCACCCCUUCACCCACCACCAAUCCGCUCACAUCGCCCAUGUCAGGCUCAUACGAUGAGGAAGAAAGGACAGAUUUGAUAGUGGACGGCUAUUUCAGCCUUGGGGAUGCGAGAAACACGGUUUAUCUCGAUUCACCUGCUAUUUCUAGCCCCCCAAGCGCUACAGAUCCUUACCAGGAACGAGAGGAUGUAGAGCCUGCCGUCAACUCUGAUGGAGUACCAACUCUCGGCAAUGUCGUUCUUCCCUCCGAUCUCUCAAGGCAGCUUUCGUCUCGACCUGUCCUUCAUAGCCGGUCGAGCUCGGCUAGCUCCCUAAGCGUUAACGGUACCAGUGGACAUGCUGGACUACGGAGAGGUUCCUCUGGUAUUGCCUCCCCAUCGCUUUCACGAUCAGGGUCACACUCGCGAAGUAAUCCUCCCUUAUCCCACAAUAUUCCCACCACCGUCAUCCAAGAGCCGUCGCCUCGCAAAUCUCCCCGCAAUUCCCCACAACUUCGCAUAAACCCACCUGCACUACCUUCCUCCGCCAAGCUCUUCAAUGCUAUUUCUUCCUUACCAACACCCCCUGUGCCCACGAAGAGCCCGCUACGCAACUUUAGCGGGCGAUCAAGCGUGGUCAGUAGUAGCUCGAGAAGAUCGGGCGGCGAGGGCGAGGAAAGGAGUGAGGCUAGCACGCCACAUAAAACACCUCAAAGGGAUGGAAACCAUGCGCAAGAAAGGGUGAAGAAAGUGGGAUCGAUGGAGAGUGUCAUGGCAGUGGCGGGAACACCGUUGUCGGCCGCCACUCGUAUGGAGCGGAUGGCCGACGUCACUACCGUCGAAAGCCCUGUCAAGAGCCCUUUGACGUACUCAUCUCCUCCUGCUAUGACCGAGUCAGAUCGAUCUUCGUCUCUCGCCGAGGUAGAAUCUCCAGUCGGUUACGAAAGUGCUGCUCCACCCAGAUCAUCUCAAGAUGACCGGCGAGGGUCCUCGCAAUCACAAAAUGAGAUUCGUUUCACAAUGCUCACGGCUCCUUCCAUCUAUUCCCAAUCGUCGGCUUCUGGGUCAAAUUACGAUUCUGGACCUGGCUCGGCCAAGAGUUGGGGUACGGAAGGCACUACGACACCGCGUUCAGCGGAAAGCCGCUUCUUCACGGCGUCCACAUCAUCUAAUCCACAACCCUCACCCAGUGGCAAACUGGGGACAGAGCGACCAAAUGGCCACGAGCUUCAAAAGAGAAGGCCACUCUCCGGGGUGAUGGACCAUAUUCAUGUUGGGGGCUGGGGCAAGAAGAAAGAAGAAAAAGAAAAGGGGAAAGAAAGUGAAAAGCAGAGACGGUUCAGUAAUGGAAGCGAGAAGGGCCAUCGCAGGUCUUCAUCGCUCCCCAGGCCAAGCUUUAGUAUGUCGUCCGACAACGACUCGCCGUACGCCAACAGACCUUCAUUCGAGACGAGGCCCUCGUUUGAGUCAAGGCCUUCGUUCGAGACACGGUCCUCAUUCGAGAAAAGAGCCUCGUUUGGAACACCAAACAAUUCUUCCCGUCAUCUCCCGCCUACCACCUCGACACCUCUGGCGUCCAUUCCUCAAGAACGGUCGCCUGCGAAGAGCCCUUCGCUUCCUAUCCUUCGUGAUCCAUCAUUCCCUACUAUCGCCACUCCCACAGGCGCUGCUACGGGCAUAGGGAAGAAACGCGCGGAGACAUCAAAAGAAUCUCUCUCAUCUCUGCUUUCAGGGACUCAGACGGCCAAGUCGAAACGGAGCCAUGUGUUGAAAGAGAUCGCCGAGAGUGAGAGGGCAUACGCGAAAGAUCUGGCACUCGUCCGAGAUGCCUUCAUGAUGCCCCUCAAUCUCCAAAUAGGUGAUGCACGACCUGAUAGCAUGGUGUCUUUCUCGUCCUCGACAUCUUCAGGUGGUGGCCUUACUCCCGGGACGCCUUCGACAACUGCUCGCCCUGGACAUUCCAAGAGAAGUUCAAUCUACACGUAUCAGACUGCCGAGACCAGCCGGUCAAGCACGGCCAGCGCGGGAGGCCCGCCGAGCGCCACCAGCAUCCCCAAGAGCCCUUCCGAGGGUUUCAACAUGGGUUACUUUUCCAACAAGGCAAAAUCACGCGAAUCUCUAGUCUCAUUUAACACGCCCAACCAAGCCAUAAGAACAUCAGGGAUUAUGGCCCCACCGGUGGGUAAGCCAUUGUCGCCGGCAGAUAUCAAAGCAGUGUUCUUGAACCUGGAUCACCUGGCGGCGGUGGCGGAUGAGCUGGCGACAAGGUUCGAGGAGGCAUUGGGGAGGGAGGAAGAUGAGGAAGAAGGAGCAGGCAAAAGAGAGGGUGAGAAAGGGGAUGACAGGUUGGGGCAAGUGUUUGUCGCCAUGGUGCCCAAGUUGAGACCGCUGUACAACUAUUAUUGUUCCCGUCAACCUUCGGCUUCCCGACAUCUACAGACUCUGCUAUCCUCCCCACUCUACGCUCUCCACCUCAAAGCCCAAUGGGCAGUCAUCUCCCCGCACACCCAUGCCUGGAAUCUCGAUUCCAUGCUCAUCAAACCUGUCCAGCGUUUGACAAAGUACCCUCUCUUGUUUGAGGAUCUGGGCAAGGUAACGACGCCUGUACAUGGAGACUACUUUGGGAUCAGAGAAGCUGGGAUCGAAUCGAGAAAGCUGGCUGCAGAAGUUGACGAAGGGCGGAGGAGAAAAGAGGUGGUCGAGAUGGCACUUAGUAAUGGUCCAGCGGUGAAAAAACCGGUUGGCACAGACAAGAAGGAGGCAAAGCCGCAAGGUUCAAAACUCUUGGGGCUCAAGCGCUUCAAGAAAAGCUCGGUCACUACUUCUGCUUCCUCUACAACAUUGGCAUCCGCAUCUACAGGCCCAACGGCACCAUCUCUGUUAUCAGACUCCUCUCUCCAUACUCUCAAGACUCAUCAAGCACGUCUCCAGAUAUUCAACACGUCUCUCAAAACACUUGGGCAGGAUAUACUUCUCUGGACUGCCUCCGCCAAGGAAGUUUUGAGAGCAGAGGAUGCUGUGCUAAGAGCAUGGGAUCAUGUGGGACGACUGGAAGAGGGAGAUAGGGCAGAUCAUAGGGUGUUGGAAAUGAGGAAUGUUGUGGAUGGGUUGGUAGAUGGAGCUUGGUCUGAGCUGAGCGUCGAAAUCAAAACUCAAAUCCUUCCCAUUCUUUCUACGCUACUCAAGUCCAUGACGAACCCCUCAAAAGUUCUCACCAAACGUUCAUCAUUGCAUGCCGACUACACCAAAUAUCACUCACAUUCUUCGGCGCCGUUGACCAAGAAGCUAGUGGCCCUUGAGCCCAAUGUAGUCAAAAACGCCCAAGAAUUUGUAGCUCUUCAUGAGCAGCUUUUGGAAGAACUUCCUGACUUCUUGGAAGGGUGUAUGAGGAUACUAGACAUUGCUGUUGUAGGAUUUGCCAACGCCCAAGCCCGAUACUUUUCCAACAUCCGCGUGAGGGUGCGGGAAUUCUGCUUGGUCUGGGUAAAAUCACCUAUCGGUGUGGGGAUUUAUGAGGGCGCCGAUGGUACAAGGUCAUCGGAUGAGCAGAUGACUGGAGACGACCUUGAGAAGGCGUGGUACGAGUGCUGGAAGGGGUGUGCUGCUGCUUUGGACAAAUUCCAGUGCACUCAGUCUUGUAACAGAACUACGUCCCUCACAAACUCGACAGAUCUUCCUUCUCCUACUCUUCGACACUCUGCAUCAACAAACAAUGCCCUUUCUUCGCCCACCAGUUUGUUCUUUGGUUCAGCACGUGGAGACCGACUGUCGGGUGCGGCAAGUUCUUCCGGCUCGGCUGGCGCGUCUUUCAUCGUCACAAGCCCAGGAGGCAAAGAGGACAAGAGGGAAGGCGGUGGUUCGAGGUUCAACCUCCUCCGCCGAUCCAACUCCAAGUCAGCCGUGCCACAGCUGACGACACCUUCAAAGCCCACUCACACUCGACAAGGCAGUGGGUUGAGGCCUUCGUCUGCGACAAGUGAAAGUUCGAGACGCUCUUGGGGUCUGCCGCAGAUUCCAAACACGACAAGUGAAGGUUUCAAGGGUCUCGGUCUUUCUCCUACAAACUCGCUCACGGUUCCAUCUUUGACGAACGGCAGUCUUGUGAGCCCGAACCCGAGCUUUGGUUUCGGUUCAAGCGGAAGAACACCCGAAUUCGGCAAGACACCAGAAAUGGGCACACCGAGGAGUGGGAUCAGCGGGUACUUUACGUCUCGUACGCCAGACCUUAACAUGCUUUCUGGUGACAGGCAUCCUUAUUCGCGCGGAGAUGUCCCGAUGCCCAUGAGAAGUCCUGGGAGGAGGGGCUCGGGGCACCCGUUUGCCAGUCCUACCUUGCCUCCUGGGGCCGCUGAGCCGGGGGACGUAUCUGAUGGGUGGAGGGAGGAGCCGAUGCUGUAUCAAUGUGCCUGCGUGGCGGAUUUCGAUCCCAUGGAACUGGGCAAUAGACGUUACAGAGGUUUAAAGUUCUUGCGGAUGCUACCGGGAGAUCUCAUCGAUAUCCUACAUGAAGUAGGCCGUAUUGAGGAUCUACCACUGUUCCCCUAUCCUGGCGUGGGUGUCGAGAAUGACGGGGUGCUUGUAGGGAAGGGCGAAGAUGGCGAGAUUGGGUUAGUGAUCUGUAGCUUCUUGGAGCCGCUGCGGGACUGA